UGCGGGAUGGGGAGCCCGGCGGGCGCUCCCGCCAAGCGCGCGCGGUGCGAGGGGCCCCGCGGCCCCGGCAUCGACCGCAGCGACCCGCGGCUGUGGGACACGGAGCGGCUCUGCCAGCACCUCGCCCGCUGCGGCGUGGGCGAUCCCAGCCUGCUGCGCCGCUUCCGAGAGAGCGGAGUCACCGGGAGGAUGCUGCUGGACCUGCCGGCCUGCGCCCCCGAGCUCGUCCGCGUCUGCUGCCCAGCUGAGCGACUGGAAGUGCUGGCGUGCCUGACACAGAUGCAGCAGCAGCACAUGGAGGUGAUGAAGGUUUUUAAUGAUCCUAUUCACGGGCACAUUGAGUUGCAUCCCCUGCUUGUUCGUAUCAUCGACACCCCUCAGUUCCAGCGCCUGCGGUAUAUCAAGCAGCUGGGUGGCACGUACUUUGUUUUUCCGGGAGCCUCUCACAACCGCUUUGAACACUCCCUGGGGGUUGGCUACCUUGCAGGAUGUCUGGUUCGUACACUGAAGGAGAGACAACCAGAACUGGGUAUAACCCAGCGAGACAUCCUUUGUGUAGAAAUUGCUGGCCUUUGUCAUGAUUUGGGUCAUGGGCCAUUUUCACACAUGUUUGAUGGAAGAUUUAUUCCACUCACUCGUCCAGAUUUGAAUUGGAAGCAUGAAACUUCUUCUGUUCAAAUGUUUGAGCACUUGAUCACUUCCAAUAAACUAGAAGGAGUCAUGAAGUCCAAUGGUCUUGUCCUGGAAGAAGAUAUGUUGUUCAUCAAGGAGCAAAUAGGAGGGCCUGUAGAUGAAGCUGCCUGUGUGAAGUCGUGGCCCUACCGUGGUCGACCAAAGGAGAAAAGUUUCCUCUAUGAGAUUGUAGCUAAUAAAAAAAAUGGCAUUGACGUUGACAAGUGGGAUUAUUUUGCAAGGGAUUGCCAUCACCUGGGAAUCCCGAAUAAUUUUGACUACAAGCGAUUGCUUAUCUUCACUCGGGUCUGUGAAGUGGGAAACCAAAAGCACAUCUGCACCCGUGACAAGGAAGUUGGAAAUUUGUAUGAGAUGUUCCACACCCGGAAUUGCCUGCAUCGGAGAGCAUACCAGCAUAAGACUGGCAACAUCAUUGAAAUAAUGAUAACAGAAGCCUUUCAAAAAGCAGACAAAUAUUUUGAAAUAAGAGGCUCUGGAGGAAAAGUGUAUCGUAUUUCUACAGCAAUGGAGGACAUGGAAGCCUACACUAAACUAACUGACUGUGUCUACCUGGAAAUUCUGCACUCAAGUCACCCAGAGCUGGAGGAGGCACGAGAAAUUUUGCGUAAAAUAGAACGACGUGAAUUAUACAAGUUUUUAGGAGAGACUCGACCUGAAUCAAAGAAGGAAAUUAUAAAGAGCAACAGCCUGGCAGAAAGCAUUGCUAAUUCCAAGCCAGAGAAGGACCCUCCAGAUGUGGAGCUAAAGGCUGAGAAUUUCAUAGUUGAUGUUAUCAGCAUGGAUUAUGGAAUGAAGGAACAGAAUCCAAUUGAUAAGGUUCACUUCUAUUGCAAGGCUGAUCCUUCCAAGGCAGUCAAAAUCAGUAAAGAACAGGUUUCAAAGCUUUUACCCAAAAUAUUUAUGGAGCAGGUUGUCCGGGUUUAUUACAAAAGUCAGGAUCCACAUAUUAUUUCAGCUGCAAAACAGUACUUUGUUCAGUGGUGCAUGCAGAAUGAUUUCACCAAACCACAGGAUGGUGAUGUUGUUGCUCCUCAUCUAACUCCAAUGAAGGAAACCUGGAAUAACAUGACAGAUGAUGAACACAGGAGAGCCUCAGAACCCAGCUGCAAACAAAGGCUUUCUUUUGAUAAGUAGCAGGUUUCUUUUUGGUGCUAUUCAGUCUGCUUCCUCAGAAAAUGAGUAAAUUUGAGCAUCAGCUUUUCUAAAAGCUGGUUGGAUGGACUGGAAUAAUUCACAGAGCAAUGCAGAAUGCAUUUUGCAAUACAGAAUGUUUUAAUGUAGAUAGUUAAUCCAGAUGGACUUCUAAAAAACAAUUUAUUACAACAGAGUAAACUCAGUUCUCAUUAUUUUUUAAAUGUAUUGGCACUGUGUAGCAGGAGUAACUUUAAAAAUUGCAAUUCAUUGUUAUUACAAGAUUUUACUACUCCGUCUAGUCCUGAUCCCUUCCUUAGCUGUGCUAUUAUAUGACUUAGCAGAAAAAACCCCAACCCAGGUUUGAUGGGGUUUUUGGUGGUUUUCUUAGUGUCUGAGAAAGAAAGGGAUAAGUAUGCUUCUGAAAAUAUGGUGAGGUAAAGAAGAAAUUACCAAGGGUGGCAUCUUCAAAAUCAGCAAAAUUAAUUUCAUGGAAAAAAAAGGAAGGGAGAGGGGAAUCUUUUGAUAAUCAAAGGUUAUAUUUCUAGUAUUCAAAAAGCUGGUGCAGGCCUCUUGCUACAAGUGACCACAAUUUUUAUUGAAGUAACAAUGCAUUGCAGUGCCAUGCAGCCUUUUAUUGUUUUAUUGUGUAUUUUUGAUACAUGGAAUGUUAUUUUUUUUAUUGUCUGUCCUGCAAAGACUGCUCAAAAGGCCAGUGGUGUGAGUGGUUGCAGGAAGGCUGAGCUGCCCAGGUGUUUGCAAGGCUCAGGUGUGCAGAGAGGGCAGUGCCAGCAGGGGUCUGCCCUGCUCUGCCCAUCCUGCACCAAGUGCACCUUGGUGCUGCUUUACACUGUACUGGGCAGACAGGCUCAUCAGGAAUCCCUCCAUUCUUGUAUCCUGUUCUCCUGGAUCUCUUGGCUGUCCCUGUAUCAUUUUUCUGUCUCUUGUAGAUCUGUGAGGGUUCUUACAGUUUUCCUGUACUGGCAGUACUGGUGUGAAUGUUCUGAAUGUCUGUGCUGCUGGACAAGUGAAGACCAUUUUCCUCUCAUCUUUUACUCAGGUCUAAGAGGAAGGCUGCUUUCAUUAAAUAAAACCUCAAAGCUUGAAAAAGUCUGACCACAAAACUAAAAACACAAAGUAAAAGGUUCAGUAAUGCUCAGGAAUUGGAGCAAGCUGUGAUCUAUAUAUCUGGAAAGGAGAGAGGUGUUGAACAUCUGGCUCAGGCAGUCAGGUGUGGGUGGCCAGGGUAGGUCCUGAAAACUAACCCAGUGGGAAAGUGCUGUAAGAGAACUCCACAAGCCCUGUAAUAUCUCCUUUGCCCUUUUUAUCCUGGGAACUGGUGCUGUUAGAGGGAGGGAAAAUGAAUAGCCAUAAUACUUCUGCUGCUUAUGUAUCUGUGCUCAUGUGUCUGAAGGUGUCACCUCUGGUGCUCCUGUCUAACAGUAUUUCAGACCUGCACAUGAACCAGUUUGGUUAGAAGGGCUUGUGACCUCUUUAAAAGCUUUUUAAAAAUUUACUAUUCCUCAAGAAACAAUAUCUUAGAGUGAAGGCAUUUAUCUUCCUUGUCUGCAUAAGAUCAAGUAUCAUUUUGAUGUAACUUUGUUCUUGUUGAUUUGGUUUGUUUUUAAGUUGUUACUAACUGUGCACUUUAUACUUGGGAAAGAUCUUUUGUUUAUGUUAAACCAAAAGUGUAUGCUUAAGUUUAAGUUCUGAGAGCAUUUCUUUUCUAAACAUGUUCAUCUGAGCCUCUCUAAAGAAUAAAUUUAUAAACUAC